CGUCUUUGCUAUUUUUUUUAACACCCAAUAAAAAAAAACAUAAAUUCGUGUGUUAAUUUUUUUAUAUUGCCCAUCAUUAUUACAUCAUCGUCAUCCUUAAAUAGAAAAAAAGACUAGAACUUUUAUUGUUUGUUAUCUCAAAAGUUAUUGCUUUCUGGCAGGAGAUCUGUGACUGUGAGAGACUCCAGUAGGCAUUUCUAAAGUUGAUCGAUCUGGGUUGAUAAUGGGGGCGGCAAAUGAUAUUUCGAGUUCGAGCUCUGAUUUUCUGAAUAACAGUGACACGCAGGUGGUAUUGAACAUAUACGAUCUCAUACCUCUAAACCAGUACACCUAUUGGUUCGGUUUUGGGAUUUUUCAUUCAGGCAUUGAAGUCCAUGGUAAGGAAUAUGGAUUCGGAGCCCAUGACUUCCCUGCCAGUGGAGUUUUUGAAGUGGAACCAAGGAGCUGCCCUGGUUUUAUUUACAGAUGUUCCAUCCCUUUAGGCCGGAUAAAUAUGCCUCCCUUUGAAUUCCGAACAUUUAUAGAGAGUGCUGCUUCCGAGUAUCAUGGAGAUACCUAUCACCUCAUCUCCAAAAAUUGCAACCAUUUUACAGAUGACAUGUCGUGGAGAUUGACAGGCAAGUGCAUACCAGGAUGGGUGAAUCGGCUUGCUCGGCUAGGUGCUCUCUGUAGUUGUCUGCUUCCCGAGAGCCUUCAAGUAACUACUGUUAAACAGCUACCUGAAUACCAUGAGUGCUUAGAAGGUGGAAGUGAAUCUCUGGCAACCAGCACGCCCUGUGAGUCAACAGAAAUUGAUGAUAGUGAUGAAGCGAAACACUUGCUGUCACCAACUGCUGUGAGUGGGGAUGUGGCUUUUGUUAAGGAGGCUCACAAGUGAAGCUGUCUUCUUGAUAAAAAGAUAAGAAUGCCUCAGAAAGUAUUUUGUGUGCCCCUUGGAAUUUGGUUAAAAGAUGUCUAAGAAUCGGUGCUUGGAAUUUGGUUAAAAGUCGUGCUUUCGCCGCGCAAAUCUUAUCUUAAUCUUUGAAGGCUGAAAAUGGCGAGGCACUGUUUGAUAGUGUGCAAGUGUAGGUUGUUCAUCUAAUUGCUGUAACCCCAUUAAAUCCUUUAUUUUAUUUCUACCUUUGUUUCCCCA